UGUUAAUCUUAAACCCCUGAUUAAUAAUUGUAAACACUCAAUGGCUUGGCUUCGUCUCUUCUCAAGAACCCUAAAAUCUCAAAUCUCAUCUUCUUCCCCAAAUCAAAACCCUAAUCUCAGAACCUUACCUUUCUCAACCUCAUUUCUCAUCACAAAAACACCUGACAAAUUCAAAAAAAAGCGAAAAAAACCAGAAUCCGCCAGAACAAAACCAGUCCAACACGAAUCAACCAAGAUCCCACAUUUCGAAUCACUCGUCUCACGCGACGCACAUCUCCGAUUCCUAAUCCGUUCCAAAGAGUUCAUCUCGAAGCAACCGGAGCGAAUUCUCCGGCUAGAUGACGCCGGAAAGCUUUAUCGUGAGCUCGGGUUCCCGCGAGGUCGUAAGGUGACUCGAUUCAUCCCUAAACAUCCUCUGAUCUUACAAACGUAUAGACAUAGCGAUGGGAAGAUUUGGUUAGGGUUUACUGAGUUUAUGGAAGGUUUGUUAGAUGAAGAGAAAAGUUUAAUGGAUUCAAUGGAGUUAGAUAGAGUUAAUCGUGUUCGUAAGCUGUUGAUGAUGACGAAAGAUAAACGAAUCUUGCUGAGUAAAAUCCAUCACACUCGUUUGAUUUUUGGGAUUCCUGAGGAUUUUAGAGACAGGGUUGCGAAGUAUCCAGAUUAUUUUCGGGUUGUUACGGGUAAAGAUGGGAAUAGGGUGCUUGAGUUGGUGAACUGGGACACGAAUCUUGCGGUUAGUGAGCUCGAGAGACAGUUUAUGGUUGACGAAGAUAAGGCGAAAAGAGCGUUUAAGUUUCCGGUGAAACAUGGGAAAGAAUUGGAGUUGGAAGAGAAGGAUACGAGGAAACUUAAUCUGUUGAAUACGUUUCCUCUGGUUUCGCCGUAUUCGGAUGGUUGGAAGCUUGAUGUUUGGACUUUAGAAGCGGAGAAGUAUCGUGUUGGCGUUGUGCACGAGUUCUUGAACUUGACGUUGGAGAAGAGAGCUUCGAUUCAUCAUAUUGUGGAGUUUAAAGAUGAGUUUAGUUUGACUAGACAGACUUAUCAGAUGUUGAAGAAGCAGCCUACUACUUUUUACUUGGCUGGCACUGAGAUGAACUGGGCUGUGUUUUUGAAGGAUGGUUACAAUGAGAAUGGUGUUUUGAUUAGUAAGGAUCCACAGGUUGUGUUUAACGACAAGCUGUAUAAGUAUGCAGAUAUGCAGCAGAUGGACCAUUCUUGAAACCAUAGUAAAGAAUGUUAACUGCUGUUUUUGAGGUAUCACUGGAUCAAAUCUCUCACUAGUCUUGGUUCACUCUAUUUGAGAGACGGCUCAAGUGGUUUAAGUAUCAGUCUUUGUAUAAUAUAAAUUAGGCUACAAUGUUGUAAUCUGAUAGUAUUUUACACUUUGCUACAAAAUGGUAAGCUAUGAAUCUAAGCCCCUCAUUGUCCGGAGGAACUGUUGUGUUUAUUAUACAAAGAAGGUUUAAUCA